AUGGAUCUUCCUAUAGUUAAUUAUUCAAAAGAAGAAUAUGUAGAGACAAAUUCUGGUAACAAGAUAUGUAAAGUUCAUUCCACGAAAGACAGUACUAUCUGUGGAACGCAGAACAUAGUAUUGAAUGGAAAGAACAUUGUCCAGAAAGAUGUCAUAAUUCGUGGUGAUCUGGCCGCUAUACGAAGCGGGCGGUUUUGUAUUAUACGGCAAGGAACAUUGAUACGACCAAGUUCGAAGAAAUUUAGUAAAGGAGUCACGUUGUUCCCAGUUCACAUUGGAGACAAUAUGCUCAUUCGUGCAUAUAGGCGCUGGAUCAGUGAUCAAUUUUGGUGGAGCUGCGCGUGCUUGAAAGAGUGCUGUCGUGUCCUACCAGGAAGUGUAGUUGCUGCCGACUCCGUGUUCCCGCCGUAUAGCACCAUAGCCGGAAAUCCAGCUCGCGUCAUCGGCCAGGAACCGGAAUGUACAGAAGAUCUAAUGACCGAAGCCACGAAACAGUAUUACGACAACUUCCAGCCUUCGAACAUGCCUAAGGCUUCUUUUGCUUAA